AGAAAGUCAGUUCAUUCCCCAUUAGUCAAAUAUUUUUAGCUUUGUCUGACCUUAACAUCCUUGUGGUGGAGAUACAACUUGUAAGCUCUAUCAAUAACAGUUUCCAAACAGUUUCCAAAAGGUUGAAGAUUGCUCCCAGUGACAAAAAGCAGUAGAAAAGAAUGCAUCCUGCAGUUAAUUUCUUUGGGAUAUCAAUAAGGUAGGAGUGGCACAUCACAAAUGCAUCUGAGUAAUGUGUACAACAAUGGAAUCCAAAGUUGCAGUGCAUCCUCAACACUAGCUAGAAAAUAAAUUUACAAUAGAAAGGAAUGGCCAAGCCAUUCAUAAAUGUGCUCCCCAAAUAAGGGAACCAAUGCUUGUUAAUUCUUGAUAAUCCCAAAGUGUGCUGUGUUAAACCCCAAACAUGACAUUCAUGCCACAACAUCAUUCACAAGAAGCUGUCUGGCAAGUCCUUAAGUAAGGUUUCUUCUCGACCAACUUUGUAGCCCUCUGGAUCAAAGCUUCUUAAAGUUGGGGUCACAUAAGUGAGUAGUUGGAAUUGUGAAGUUUCCCCCCCAAAAAAGCAUUUGGAGAAAGCAGAGGAAUGGGUCUGCUGGUUGUGAAAAGGAAAAAGUGGUGCAUUUGUGAUACGUGAUUUCAGCUCUGCAGAAUCGUGGGUUCAGGGUCCCAGCAUGCUUAGGCUCUGAAGGAUCAAAUUUAGACACAAGAGGCAUGAAGGAUCAGAGGUUUAUUCAACGGCCAAAAGGGUCUUUUGGAAAGAUAGCACUCUUAAAUCAGACAUAAAGUAACGGAUUCAUACAGAGAAAUUAUAAAGAACUGACAGGAAUUUUUUAAAAAGGACCUUUGCUGCUCCAGGCGUUGAUUUCUUAUGAUUUGCACCCUAAUUGGUGGAGACAUGGCGACUGCUGUUGCAGGUGAUUGAUUCCCUGGCCUGGCAGGAAAUGUAAUAAAUCGUCAUUUCUCAGUUUGAAGCUUGUGGCUAUUUUCCGUGUCUGCCUUCUUUGUGUGCAUAGGGAAAGUUUUGGAAAUGGCAACCUUCAUUACACCUUCUCUAGCAAUGUUUGUCUAUUAUCUUGUUGCUUACUGUUUCCUGUAUGCAUGUUCUGGUGUGCAGCUUCCUUUACGCUAUGGUUUCUUGGAAGUUAUGUUUUUCUCUCUCUUCUUUUGACUAUGUGACCUGUUGAAGGCUGUUUUGUUACAAGAGAGAUGCCCUGGCUAUCUGACACAUUGAACCAUCUCAAAGAUAUUUGAAACUGUACCUGUGUAUGCUGAACACAUUAAAGUUAUGAAGGCCUUGGUCAAGCUUUUCAUUUCUGCAAAGAAAAAAUCUAUCCGUGGAGAACUUGUCCUCAUCACUGGAUCCGGCCAUGGACUUGGGAGAGCCACCGCUUAUGAAUUUGCAAAGCAUCAGUGCAACUUAGUUCUGUGGGAUAUUAAUAAGGAUGGUGUUGAGGAAACAGCUGAAGAAUGCAGGAGACUGGGAGCCACGGCACAUGCAUUUGUGGUGGACUGUAGCAAGAGGAAAGAUAUCUACAAAACUGCUGAGAAGGUCAAAGAAGAGAUUGGUGAUGUGAGCAUUUUGAUGAAUAACGCUGGUGUGGUAGCUCCGAUAGAUGUGGUGUCCACCGAUGACCAUGAUAUUCAAAAAAUAUUUGAAGUCAACAUUAUAGCUCAUCACUGGACAACAAAAGCCUUUGUGCCGACCAUGAUGAGAAAUAACCAUGGUCACGUUAUCACAGUGGCCUCUACUGGAGGCCAUAUAGUGAUACCUUUUGUUGUGCCUUAUUGCUCAUCUAAAUUUGCUGCUGUCGGGUUUCACAGAGCUUUGACAGCUGAGCUGACUGCAUUGGGGAAGCAUGGAGUUAAAACAUCAUGCGUCUGUCCUAUGUUUAUAAAAAGCGGUUUUGUCAAAAAUCCAUCUUCACGGAUCAUGCCACCUAUGGAGCCAGAGUAUGUUGCAAAACAAGUAAUGAAGGGUAUAUUAACCAAUGAGAGAAUGAUUUUCAUUCCACCACUUCUGAAAUUCAUUUUAAUGCUGGAUAGAUUGCUUCCAGAUCGGGCAGCUGCAGCUCUCUGGGGACUACAUGAAAUUAAAUUUGAUUAUGUUAUCGGCUACAAGGAUGAGGAAAACUAAGGAAAUGGAUUUGUCUAUACAGUUUUUAUUUUAGCCUUCAAUAUGUUCAUAUUUUAAAUAAGGAUAAAAUUGAACCCAAAGCAGGUUGUACUGGAUUACAAUUCCCAUUGCCCCCCCCUCUCAAUGGGCAGUUGUAUGAUUUCUCAGGUCUGAAAAAACUGGAGGGCACCAAAUUUGAGAAUAAUCAAAACAAUUAAGAAAUGUCCUAUCCAUGAAACUCUUAGAAAAUAACCUCCCACACACUGUAUAUAUUUGUAGAAUGGAAAUUUCAGUUUUUCUUAAAACUGUGAUAAUGCCCUAUCUCUUACUUUAAUAAUUGUGAUCCACAUAUUGUUUUUCUCUCUUAACAGAGACAUUAUGAGUUUCUUUUUUCUCUUUUUCAAAGAAAACCUCUAAUUCAAUCGCUUUAGAGCAGAGUUGGAAAUUUUGUGAUCCAUUGUUAUUGAUGUUAUUGUCUAGAGAUCAAGGAAAGUAAUAUUCUCACUAUUGUCUAGAAUACUUUGCCUAGUUCAAAUACCACAAUUCAGGGACAAACUGGAACAUGUCUAGAGGAGAGUGUCCAAAAUGGUUAAAGGUCUGGAAACCAUGUCCUUAUGAGAAACGGCUUAGGAAGCUAAGUAAUUUAGUCUGUCAAAGAGAAGGUUAAGCGAUGACGUGAUUACCAUGCUUAAACAUUGGAAACAAUGUCAUGCUGACGAUGCAACUGGCUUGCUUUCUGCUGCUCCAGAGGCUAGGGUCCCAUUUAACUGUAUUGAGCUGGAUUAUAUGGCAUUGUAGACUGUGGUCUCUUCCAAUUCUAUGAUUCUAUGAAUUGCAACUCCCACCAUUUCCCAUCAUUGGUUAUGCUUGUUAAAACUGCUGAAUCCAAAAAGAUCCAGAAGGCCACUUGAUUCCCACCUGUGUUUUAGGGAAAAAAAUGUAAGGUAUUCCAGAGUGCUAUACCAAGCCUUCUUAAAUUGUGGGUCCCAACCUCAUGUGCAGUCCUCUUAGCUCAAUGUUGGAGUCACCAAAAAAUCUGAUAAGAACAACAUGCAGUGUUUACAAUUGACUCUGCCGAAAAUGCUCCAUUUAUACUUUAUUAUAAGAGGAAAAAUCAGCCUAUUUAGCAAACCUUGCAAAUGCUGAUUUAUUAUCAGUAAAUAUUUGAUUUUAUACUUAUUUUAUAUACCUAUAUAACUGGGGUUGUGUAAAAAUUACUUGGCCAGAAAAGGGUAAUGAAUGGAAAAAGUUUAAGAUGCCCUGUUCUAGAUGAGAGCUUAGAUGCCCUAGAAAGAUUUCUUGCAGCUUUUUCAUCAAUGUAUUGAAUGAUGUAGUAAAGUCCAGUAAAUAAACACAACUGUAAAAUAAAUGUUUAUGUUGUACAUUGUGGCAGUAAUGUCAUGACAAAAAUGCAUGCAACGAUACCUAGCUUCCUGCAUUCCUCAGCUGCCUUUUCCACACAUUGCUGUGAAGGAAAAUGCAUGGAAACCACAGAUAUGAUGUUGGCAUGGAGAUGGCAUACAUGCAGAAGUUUUGUACAGAAACCACACUUUCCUGUUCAUCAUCACUGACAUUUUAAGCAGUCGCGUAGUGAUAAUAUGUAAAUAUUGGAGUCCUGGGGAUAGCCAAGAUUAAUUAUCUUAGAGCCCUUCCACAUUGUCCCUUUAUCCCAGAAUCUGAUCCCAGAUUAUGUGUUUAUCCCAAGUUAUGUGGCAGUGGGGACUCAUAUAUUCCAGUUUAAAGCAGAUAAUCUAGGAUCAGAUCCUGGGAUAAAAGGCAAUGUGAAAGGGCCCUCAAUGAACCUAGCUGGAUAUAAUGUUGACUGUUUCAGCUUAGAUGGUGCUGUUUUUAGCCAGUCUCAAUGAACAACCAUUCUGUCUCCAUAAAGCAGGCAGCAGCAAACUCUUCUCAGCCACUGGAAGCAAGGUUUAUCUCCCACGCUGUGGAAAAAAACAUUCAGACCCACUCAGAAACUCUGCCAUGCUUCUGGAUCCUGGCUAUUCUUUUGCAUAUCAUCCUGCCUGUGUUGUCACACUUGCAUAUUUAUUUAUUUAGGGAAUUUUUAUAUCGCCUUUCUCGCAAUGGAUCCAAGGCGGCUCACAACAGAAAUAAAAUAUGCAAAGUAACAUAAAACCAUAAAACCAUAAGCUAAAACAGACCACAAAGUUGUGUAAUGCUCCAUAGAAUCAUCCAUCUUGUAAACACUUAAAUAAAAUUACAUUAAAAUCCCGCUAAGAUUCCCACGUGCCCAUAAAGUGCUAGGACUCAGUUAAAAUUCAAUUAAAGGCUGUUUCAAACAGGAAGGUCUUUACUCCUUUUCUAAAUGACAGAAGGGUAGGAACUGAUCUGAUUUCUUCUGGGAGUGCGUUCCAAAGCUUUGGAGCCACCCAAAUAUCUCUCCAAAUGUAGAUUGUUGAUUAUUUAUUGAAUUUCUAUCUCACCUUUCUCCCAAAGCCAGCUUAUUUAUACUGCAUUGAUAUUUAAAGUACACUGGGAGGGAUGUUGGAGUGAAACCUACACACAAACACGGCCUUUAUUGGCAUACAACAACAGAAUCACAACCCAGGUAUAUACAACAAGACGAUAUCACAGAUAAGAAGAAAACAUACUUAAAAAUUAUUAAUCUCAAGGAUAAAAUUUGCAAGUUUUACAAAAAAAAUACAUCAGAAUUGUUCAGAAGAUAUGGAAUUUUAUAACGCCCUUGCCACUGAGAGUGCAGCCUAAAAGCAGAUCGAUCAGGGCAGAGAAGUUCACUCUGUUUGAAGAAAUGAGUUUAUUCGGCAUUCCUGGAAAAUACAUAAAGAUUCUCAGAAGCAAAAGAAAGCAGAAAGUAGAAGUUUCUGGGAUUAGUCAAUGGCAGAACAGAACAAAGCCAUGUUUUGGAAACUUAUAGCAGUUGAAAGUAUAUAGGAAUUAAAUUGCUAGGGUGGUUUUAAUCCCUCCCAGAGAUUAGGUGUUGAAUUUAAGCAUGAUUUUGGCAAAUCUUCAAACAAAGCUUUAUGAUUCAUCAUCUUUCAAAACAGGUUUCACCAUAAUAGCAAAGAACACCCCCAAAUGAUGUGAUGAUAGCUAAAAUAAAUGUGAUUAACCUCUGAGAUUUUAAAAGUGAUUUUGAAUAAUAGACCUGUAAACAUUUCAAACUUUAUGUACUUAUGAAUGAAACUGGAUUCUUAUUUUCAGGUUGGUUAUUUUUGGAGAUGACAAUAGUUAAAAUCUUCUGUACUAUAUAGACUUAUUAGCUUUCUGAAUACAGCCUCUAAAAUGUACUUUGAAUAUAUAUUGCAUGAAUGAAGAGACUGGGAGGAGGGAGAGAAUAUUCUUACCAAUGAAGCAUGAAUAAGCAGAUUUUUUUAAGGUUCAAAGUACAACAGACUAUUUAUUUUGGUGAAGCUAGAAGCGAUUUUCAUUUGGCAGAGAAGGCUAAAAACCUUACAAAACUACAACCCCCAUAAUUUCACAUUUAGUCAUAGCAGUUAAAGUGGCGUCAAACUGAAUUAUUUGUACUUUGUAGAUACACCUGAUGUUAGAUAUUUUUGCAUUAGCUUGGCAAUUUGAUUUUGGUAAUAGGUCUUCUUUAUUUGCUUCUUCCUUAUAUAACACUUGGAAAUCCAUCUUCCACUGAUCUUACCCUGGAAGGUGUGCAGACCAGACCAAUUCAAUUCCUAUUUAGACACCCAUGCUGACUGAAUUUGGUAGUUUUAAGUAGAAGUAGUUUGGGGAUCUAGGUCUACCAUUAGCUAUGAAGAGAUGUUGGACCCUUCAGUGAAAAUACUGGAUGCAUCUUUGUCAUUUAUCAUCUGCUGCAUAAUUUACCACAAAUAAAACACAGCAGUGAUGUAUCAGUAAUGGGCACUGAAGGCCUGGAGCUAUACACAGUUCUGGCCCAUAAAUAUUCAAGACAACAAGCAUUCACUAGUUGUUUAAUGACUUAACUGCAAAUUUCUCCAUUUUCUAUAAAUCAGACAUUCUCCAGAUUGUCACGUUAAAUACCUCAUAGAGAAUAUUAAAAAAGAUUCUCCAACUGGAAUUAUUUUUCUCUAUGCUCCUAUUUGAUCUCCAAAAUGAAAGCCAAGCAAUAAUUACAUUUUUUUAUUGUGUCAGAAGCGACUUGAGAACAUACUGCAAGUUGCUUCUAGUGUGAGGGAAUUGGCCGUCUAUGGAGACGUUGCCUAGGGGACGACUGGAUGAGUUACCAUCCUGCUGGGAGGCUUCUCUCAUGUACCUGCAAGCUAGAGCUGACAGAUGGGAGCUCAUUCCAUCUCGAGGAUUCGAACCGGCAACCUUCAGGUCAGCAAAUCAACCUUUAGUUCAGCAGUCCAGCCGGCACAAGGGUUUAACCCAUUGUGCCACCUCAAUGGGCAUUUGUCGGGGAGGCAAAUAAUUACAUAAAGGAAAAGCAAACAUUUACCAUUGUUGUUUCUCUCAGUUACUACAAACAAUAGAGAACACAGAGCUCUGCCAGUUUUAAUAGUAAUGUCAUAAAUGGGCUUCAUUGCUACAGCAUGCUCCUAAUUUUGUACUUUCCAACUGUUCCAAUUUGGCAGUGUAAUCUCAAGUAAUCUUCUCUCUCUCAUUGCCUCUUUAAACUGCUUUUCGAAUGCACAUUUUCUCUUCUUCCCCUUUCUGUCCUCAGAUUACUUCAAUUGCUUCAAGCUAAGUGUAAAGUGAAAAAAUAUUUUGCACUCAUUUCAUUCUGUGAGAGCAGGGAAUGGGGCAGAAUCUUGCCCUUUCUUGUAGGUUCAGGGUAAAGCAAACUGCUGUAACCUCUCCCAGCUUGGCUGUUCUUCAGUUCAAUAACUUUUAUUAUUUUCAGCAUAUUCUAAUGUUAAUUGGCUUUGUAUUCUGGCUUUGUAUUCAGUUUUGGCUAGAGCUUUGCAGGCAAAAUUUAAUCACUGCUCCCCACCCAUUUAACAUCACAACAUCUACCUCUUCCUUGAAUCCAACUGAUAAAUGCAAAAGGAAAAAAAAUACUGUUAAGCAAUAUUGCCUGAUGAAGUUCCAACAGGCUGCCAAACCACAAUAGCAUUCCCU